AUGGCUGGCGCAAGGGAGCCAUCGCAGAGAGAUAACGACACGCAGGAUCAAACUAAGUACUACAGGGUCGUAGGCGCCGUGUCCGUUGCGCCGACGGCGGAGCGGUGCCGCGGGGAGCUCGGGUACGUUCUGGCCCGCGCGCACUGGGGCAAGGGCGUGGCGACGGCGGCCGUGCGGCGCGCGCUGGGGGCCGUGUUCGCAGAGGUGGGGAGGCUGGCGCGCGUGGAGGCGCCAGUGGACGUGGAUAACCCCGCGUCGCAGCGCGUGGCGGAGAAGGCCGGGUUCCGCCGAGAGGGCGUGCUGCGGGGACAUGGUCUUGUGCAGCUUCCUCUCCUCCGACCCUCUCCCCGAGUGAUCCUUGGCUCCAUGCCUCCAUGCAUCUCGACUCAACUGCAAAUUCGAGACCGAAGCAUUUAG